CCGGGUCUCAUCUCACUGUCGCUUGCUAUAAUCUCCACAAUCCCACGGAUACAAGGCGCUUGUUUAGAACAAAAGGCUCCGUCCAUUCGGCAUCGACCUAAUUCUCGCCGUCUGUCACAGUGGAGGUUAUUAGUGAGGUUACGGAAUCUUAUCACUUAACCAUAGCGCGAUAAGAUCCAUACUCGUCCUACAAAGACGCACCACCAAAGAAAUUCCCUCCACUCCCCGGCCCGGUCUUCGCUCGGAGGUCGCCAUCUUCCCUUCCGUUGACUACCUCAGCUUAGCUUUCUCUCUUUCUUGUCAACUUGCGACAACUCUCCGCUCAACCUCUUCUUUUGUUCUUCUGGUCUUCCUUCAUCUUUAUUCGGUCGCCUGUACAGUCGUCACAAUGUCCAACCCUAACGACAAGCCCCUCCCCUUCAUCUACCAGUUCGCCGCAGGCGCCAUUGCCGGCGUCUCGGAGGUAUGCUCGCGCCAGUUCGACUCGUUUGAGGGCCAUUACUAAUUUUGUGCUGGCUGUAGAUUCUGGUGAUGUACCCUCUUGACGUUGUCAAGACCCGAGUGUAUGACGAACCAUGCGUGCGCGUUUCGAAAUAAUAGCCCAAUUGCUGACUUGAUGACCAGCCAAUUGCAAACUGGUUCCGGUGCUACCGCUGAGUACAAUGGCAUGCUUGACUGUUUCCGCAAGAUCAUCAAGCAGGAGGGGUACGGUAUCUGCUCUCGCGAUUCUGUUGCGCCCACAACUAACGACAUGCGCCAGUUUCUCACGACUCUACCGCGGUAUUUCCGCUCCCAUCCUCAUGGAGGCUCCCAAGCGUGCUACCAAGUUCGCUGCCAACGAUGAAUGGGGCAAGGUUUACCGAAAGAUGUUUGGCGUCGACAAGAUGAACCAGCAGCUCUCCAUCCUCACCGGUGCCUCUGCUGGUGCUACCGAGGCUUUCGUCGUCGUUCCCUUCGAGCUCGUCAAGAUUCGUCUUCAGGACAAGGCUUCCGCUGGAAAGUACAACGGCAUGGUCGAUUGUGUCGUCAAGACUGUCAAGAACGAGGGUCCUCUUACUCUUUACCAGGGUCUUGAGAGUACUAUGUGGCGUCACAUCCUCUGGAACGCUGGUUACUUCGGCUGCAUUUUCCAAGUCCGACAACUUCUCCCCAAGGCUGAGACCAAGAGGGCUCAGAUCACCAACGAUCUCAUCUCUGGUGCCAUUGGUGGCACCAUCGGAACUGUUCUCAACACUCCCCUGGACGUUGUCAAGAGUCGAAUUCAGAACACCCCCAAGGUCCCCGGUCAGGUUCCCAAGUACAACUGGGCCUUCCCCGCCGUAGGAACCGUUUUCAAGGAGGAGGGUUUCGGUGCUCUCUACAAGGGUUUCUUGCCCAAGGUUCUCCGUUUGGGUCCCGGAGGUGGUAUCCUCCUGGUCGUGUUCACAACUGUUAUGGAUACCUUCCGCAGCUGGCACUACCCUGCCACUGCGGAGCUCAAGAACUAAGUCAUGAAAUGAGCAUGAGGUUAAAAGAACACUAAAAAGAGAUACCAGGCCGCAUUAUGCAGCGAUUAGAUAAGUUGCGGACGACAUGCAUCAAUUCAAGUUGUGAUAUUCGCACCCUUACCCUGUAGAAGUUGGUCGCACAUGGUUAUAUAGACAUUGCAAGCCGUGUUUUGGGGCAAUUUGGGGGUAUUUAUUAGCAAUUAUCUGUGAGGGAAAACUAUCCUCUCAAUAUGAGAUACGCAUAGCGUCAAUCUGAGUACCUAUCUUGCGUCUUGAUUCCCGAAUAUGUCUCUUCCUCUCGCCCGGACCCUGAACUUAAUUCCGCUGCUAAAGCAUCUCAAUUUCAAUGACCUCUCCCAUUUCAAAAGCAAAUAAUUCCCGAAUUCCGUGCUUCCUAUAGCCCACAAAUAGCAAAAUUUAAGCCAGGACAAACUCCUCCUCAAGAUCCUCCCUCAUGGCCAUCAUUUCAGCACCGUCGCCGUCACCAUCACCAUCAGGAAGGCGUGGCCGCUUGGGAAAACUUCCCAAGAGCCGGAAGCCUUGAUCCUCAUCCUCAUCGUCACCAUCGUUCUCGUCAUCGUCAUCCACGCUGAUAAAACUCCAUUCUCGCUUGAUUCCUGAAGAACAGCUGCUAGAGCUCGAGCGUGAGGAUGGGGCUGGAGAAGAGAAUGACACCCCCAUAUGUUCAGUGAGGUCAAUGGGCGAUGAGCGAUCUCCUGCUUGGGGGUUCAGAGCCUCAUAGGGGGUAGGGCUCACAAACAAGCUACUGUCCGCGCGGGUCUCCCUCAACGGCGUUAUUCCAUCCUGGUUAGCGAGAGCUGGAGGAGUUGCCCUGGGAGGAGAUGGCGAUUCAACCUUGGUGAUGAACUCAGGUUGAUGUUCCCGUGGGGGACUUCGAACGAAGAGAGAAGUGGACCGGUCUCUUCCAUACUGCGGUCCAUUGUCGUCCUCGUCAUCGCUCAUUAAGUCGAUUAUUUGCCCAUUAUCUGACCAUACCUCUUCCUUCUGCUCUUGUUCGGAGUCGGAAUCAGAUUGAUCAUCAGAUAAUAUAUCGGACAAUUCUGCUGCCACCUCAUCGAGAUCGGCCGGGCUCUCAUCUCGCUCACAACCAUGACCAUCUGCAGCAAGAUGUUGAUAGUUGAAGUGUGCAUCUGCGGCGCCGUCACCGCCGCCAUCAUCGUCAUCAUCGUCAUCACCGUCACUACCGUCAUCAUCAUCGUCGUCAGUGUCGCCCCCCAUCUCUUCAUCAGAAUCUCCGCCGCCGGCAUCGCCAUCAGAUUCAUUCUCGGAGCCGUCAGCCUGCUCCAGAGCGGCCUGGAGCUGGGGGUACAUAUCAGGAGGAGGUGACAAGAGACCCAUUCGCUGAGGCCCCGGGUUGAGGAAUCCCUCAAGCUGCGCAGCGAGUUGGACGGAAGGCUGGACGUUCAACAAGGGAGCCAAGUACCGAAGCUGGGAGAAGUGUUCGUCAUAUACAGACUUGUCCCUGCGUACAGACUCAUUGAUAUCACGGACAAAGGUCCAGUCACGAACUGGCAUCUUCAUGCCAUCAUCUCGCCACAUGUCGUAGUCGAAGAAUGUUAUCUCCCGGACUCCACGAAGGCAGUAUAGAUAAUCGGCACCCUGCAACGUGCGCAACGCACGAAAGCGGCGGAAGUUUGGCUGAGAUGCUGUCUUCUGCGCAAGGAACUCCACGAUUUGUGGCGGCUCGUGUUUUCGCCGCAUAUAUUGCUUGGAGGAUUCGGGCAGAUGGAUAGCAACCGUCUUUAGUCGACAGGCUUCGGGCAGAUAGGCCAGAUCAUGAGUCCGACGAGAUGUGUACUUGCCCUUCUGGUCAAUCCUGUACGUGAGCUUCUGUGAGCCCAUCCACAACAGCUCGAUGUGCUGCAAAUGCUGGAGCUUGCAUCCGAUUCUGUUCGCAAAGCGACCCUACUCGCCAAUAGAAGAGAAAGCGAAUUUGUUUGCUCCAUAGAACAGGCUUGAGCCUAUCAAGUGCCAUUCCUUGCUAACCAUAAGAGGAGCAAGGAGUUCCUGAGGGUGAAUUGUCCCGAACGUGAGGGAAAUCUUCUCUCGCCCAAUAUGGAAACGAUGGAGCAGCGAGACUUUAUUGUUACAAUUCCGAUCCACACGUUUUGGCUCGAAGAAAGGGUCCAAUCGAGAGAUAGCGUGAACAACCUCAUCAUCAAAAACCAGAACAUACUGAAGGGCCUUGAUCAUAAUGAAAUGUCGGUCUUUGGGAAAAAGAAGGUCGAGAGCGGAUGGGCCCAUAUCUUGUUCUUCGUCCUGUGCGCAUUCGCGUCGGUAAUAUGGCUGCGGAGUGCAGCCUCCACGCUCACUCUCACUCUCAUCUAUGAUAGCGCUCUGUUCCUGUUCCACGGUCGGGGCACACAGGAUAAGAUGAGGAUGUGUCUUGGGUGGUGUACGUUUUCCGAAUGCCCAAGACAUGUUCUCCUCCUGGCAGGAGAGCUUGUAGAUAUCUCCCCAGUUGUUGUAGUCAGGAUGACGACCGCGUCUGAUCCAAUGCGUGUAUGCCUUUGGCCACAGCUAUUGACUGUUAGCAAUUUUGAAGAUAGAGUCUUGUUCUUAAUGGUAAGUACGUACACGUUCGGUCUUUCGGGGCUUCGCUGGUCCGCGUCGCCAUACGCGAAGAUACAUCUUGAUAUCUGGCGGCAGUUGGUCUCUCAUGUCCUGAUGCAGAGAUGCCUCCAUAUCCUCGACCCUUAGAGGAACAGGGUCGGGGAAAUCAUCCAAUUCUUCUUCGGGCAAAAGGCUUCGCAGAGCCUCAUUUUCCUCAACGAGUCUCUCAUUCUCCUGAAUGUUUGCUUCAUUGGCGGCGUAGAACUCUCUCACUGCUUCUUUGAGUACUGUCACCAGGUGGCUUAGGCUUCUGACCUGGCGAUUUAGGCCGGUGACCCGGUUUCUGUUGACUCUCUUGCACUCUCUUAAUUCGUUUCUCUUAAAGAGGAAUCGGUUUCGGUAAUCUGCGAAUCUGCGAGCAAGACUGUACCAAGGGGGCUGGCAUGUGUCGAGACACUCGGCAUUCCAUUCUGGCCAUUCGACACUUUCUUCUGCCAGGACCUGAAGUACAUCAGCGUUGGGAUUUUUGUGCCCAUGUUCUUCAUUCCCUUCCUCAUCAUCGUCAUUGAUGGGAUCAUCGUCGGCAUCUUCGUCAUCUGACUCUUCUUCAUCGUCAGAACUGUCAUCACCGGAAUCAUCACCAUCAGGGCUUCCUCCGUUCGAAGCCCCUGGGUUGGGUUGGGUUGCCUGACUCUGAUUGUCGUCGUCGUCAUGAUGAUUGUCGCUAUCUUCUGACCCGUCGGACUCGCUACCCGGGUCAUCAGAUGAUGGUGGGGAUGGAGGUCCUCUGUGUCCACCGUCAUCGCCAUCACCAUUCCUGAUGUCAUCGUCAUCGUCAUCGAAAAACAGACUUCCUUCGACUUCGGGAGUGUGUUGGUCGCCGUCACUGCUUGCCUCUUCGUUAUCGACGUCCAUAGGGCCACCAGGCCGAUAUAUGAUGUGGGAGAUUGGCUCCCCAUGGGAGUCUAGCCCAAGGGAGAUCUCCUCUCGGUCAGGAGCAUCGUUGAAAUGCCCAUCAAUGUCUGGAUGAUAAUUAUCACCUCCUGUGAGGUCAAUAAACUCCGCAUCGGAGUCACUGGAGCUCCCGUCUGACAUGUUGAUGAGGGGUGAACUGCAGGACAGAAUAAGAGAGGAUAUUGUAUGGAUGUAACUUGAGGGUAGGGGAGAAAGGGAACUGAAGGUUGUGAUGAAGAAGGAAGAGAUGAAGACAAGGAUUGAAGGAGGAAGAGCAGUCUUUUAUAGACAAGACUACAAGGGAGUAUGAAUCACGGAAGCUUCAGAGGAAAUACCGAGUCUUAGAAGAGGUUAGGAGAGGGAAGCUUGAGAAGUUGAAGUGCAUUGUUGAAGUUACGGCGUGGCAGAAGUGAGAAGUUGAAAUUGUGGAUGAAGGAGAGAAGGAGAUCUUGAAAUUUUUAUAUGAAGGUCAAGAGAGAAAGGAAGGAAGAAACGCAAUAAGGAAUUAAAAGGAAAAGAGAAGUGAGAGGGAGUUUUGUGGUCGGGAGAGGCAGAGGCGUUGAGGUGCCGUUCAGAUGAUAGAGGUGGAAUUGAAAGGGGGCUAACUUGUGAUCCUCCGUGUAAGUCGGCAAAUUCGAAGAGACGAAAGCCAAGCCAAAGCUCUGCGCAACGGACGAAAAAGGGACGCUCACGACGAAAUCAGAUACCCCAAUGCCGCACACUUCAUUGCAGCAACUAAUAUACUUAACCGAAACUCGCUGCUGCUAAUUCGACACUUCUUACAAAUUCGGCAAGUCAGGGAAAUAUCAUUACUUUUCACCCAGCAUGUCUUUGAAAAGACUGAUUAAAUAGUAUCUCAUUUUGGGUAUCAACUGAUUCGACUCAAGGUCUAUUCAAUACAUAGCGUAUACCAAAGUGAUUAUAACCUGC